AUGGAGCCGGUCGUGCUGGAUCUGCCCGAUGAGUACAAGUCGUCGCGCGAGAACACCCCGUUCGUGGUCGUCGUCGGGUGGGUCGGCGCUAAGGACAGGAACGUGAAGAAAUACACAGACGAGCUCCGAGCCAUGGGUUGCGUCACGCUCCGCAGCAUCCAAGGCACGUGGGACUGCUUCUCGCCGUUCGCAUCCGGUCGUCGCAAGUUCGCGAGGAGGUUGCUCACGAAGGCUCGCGAAGCACGAGCCGAGUUGGGCAUGUCAAAGUCCCCGCUGUACCUGAUGUUCAUGUCCAACGGCGGAUGCUGGUCGCACGCGACGAUGACGCAGUGCGGUAUGCUGGAGCCCGGGGGAGAGUUCGAGGACCUGGGCCCUCACCUGAAAGGAAGGGUGUUCGACAGUUCGCCCGCCAAGAUGACCCUGAGGAACGGCCCGAAGGUCGUCUGCGUUUCGAUGGGCGUGCGCAACACGGCGGCCCGAGCCGUCGUGCACGCGCUGUUCUACGUCUACGGGGUCGUGGCUUUCCUUCUCGUCGUCGCGGCGACGGGGUCGACGACCAUGCACAUUGACGAGUUUUGGAGAACCUGCGCAUCGGCGCCUCGAACGUGCAGGGAGCUCUACCUCUACAGCGACGCCGACGAGAUUACCGACCCGCGGCCGCUGAGCGAGCUCAUAGCCGCGAGGAAAUGCACGGGGAGUUCCGAGGAGGGGUGCGACAUCGUCGAGGUGCGGUGGAAAGAUUCGAGGCACUGCGCGCACCUCGUCGACGAGCGGGACGAGUACCUCGACGCGCUUCGCGGGUUCAUCGUCUAA